ACGUAUACUUACUCACUGAUAAAAUUGAUAAGGAAUAUAUUGUUAUCGAUGAGAAUGAUAAGAAUAAUGAGAGUGGUGAUACAAUAUGUUUCCGAGAGUUCCAAUUUGGAACAUUAGAAAGAAGUUAUGGAAU